AUGACGACGACAAAGUUUGCCAAGCUGUCGACAGCAUUCACAGAGUACUUUGGAAGGAAUGCUAUUGAACGUCUUCAAUCAGAUGUAAAGACACCGGCGAUACUCAUUGCCGGUCAUCAGUUGACGGGAAAGUCCACAAUGGCCAAACGUCUAGCAACAAUAUACAAUGGCGGUCAAUUCUAUUCGGUGGGCUCGAUGUUCCGCGAGCUGGCCUCAUCACUCAACAUGUCCGUCGCCAAACAAUCACGUCUACUACUCGAUCUACAACUGCACGAGCAGGGCAAGUGGGACGGCUCCUACGACAUCAAGCAGAACCCACUAUAUGGUCGUCGCGUCGACAUUGAGCUAGACUACCGCACAUGUCAGAUAGUUCAAGGAAUAGACAAACAACAACCGCGCAAUAUGUACUCAGUGAUCGAGGGCAGACAACCGGCAUUGAUUGGCAACUUCAUUCAGAAUAUAUAUGAUCGCGAGAACUUGUUGAAGAUCUACGUCAAGUGUAAUGUUCGCGACAAGUCUAUUAGAUUCUUGGAGAGAGAGGUUGGAAAGGAGUGUGCGGCCAUCGCUGAGCAACAAUUACCAUUGGACUUGGAUCUUGAUGACAUGGCUGCAGUUGUCGGACAUCUCUCAUCACUGCCACUUCCCAACAUUGACAAAGUUGUAGAACAAUUCAUUGAGAAUCAACAUAGAGAUCAAGAUGAUCGCAAUAGAUAUAUGGAGUUGUACGGCUUGGACUAUGAAGCGAGUCAGUUCUAUGACUUUAUUGUGGAUACUUCGAAUGAGACUGCUGCGAACAAUCUGAGAAAGGUUACAGACUUUAUAGACUCGUUGGAUAGGGACAAUACUGUACCUACAUCAUUAAAGAAUAUCAAGCCAUUGCUUGGAUCACCUCGUCUGUGA